AUCAGGGAAUAGUUCAUUGACAAAAAUUGGAUAGUGAGAACAUCAUGUGACGUUUUUUUUGUUUUAAACACACGAUAAAAAAUGAGUCACAAACAGUUUGAGAAGAGUGGACUUGAGAUAAUAGACAUUUUUCCAAUUUGUAGGCUGAGGAUAUAAUCAUUCAGGACUCUUGUGUUCACUUCAACGAAGUUUCUCUUAUUUUUUUAUGCAUAAAGCGAUUCUCUCUCUCUCUCUCGGUUUGUUUAGAGGAGCAGUAAUGAGCAAUGGAGAUUCAAGCAUCGUCUCAACUCCUAUCAGGAUUGAGCAGGGGAAGUUGAAGGCAAUGGUGGUUUGUUGGUUUCUUGGUCUGGGAUGCCUCAUUUCAUGGAAUAGCAUGUUGACAAUUGGAGACUAUUACUAUCAAAUUUUCCCCAGUUACCAUCCUGCCAGAGUACUCACUCUGGUCUACCAGCCUUUCGCCCUCGGAUCAAUAGCGAUUCUCUCUUACCACGAGGCCAACAUCGACACAAGGAAGCGAAACAUGUUUGGUUACGCCCUCUUCUGCUUCAGCACACUCGGACUUCUUUUAAUUGAUGUAGCUACGUCGGGGGGAGGAGGGAUCGGGAAUUAUAUAGGAGUCUGUGCUUUUGUUGCUGCGUUCGGAGUUGCAGAUGCUCAUGUUCAAGGUGGGAUGACUGGAGACCUAUCUUUCAUGUCCCCUCACUUGAUGCAGUCAUUCUUGGCUGGUCUGUCUGCUUCGGGAGCGCUAGUUGCAGGCCUGAGGCUCGUGACGAAAGCAGUUUUUGACCAAACUGAUAAUGGUCUUAGAAAGGGAGUUAUUUUGUUUCUUGCAAUCUCCAUCUUCUGUGAGUUUCUAUGUUUAUUAUUGUACGCUUUCGUGUUUGGAAAACUGCCUAUUGUGAAGCAUUUGCGCAAGAAGGCAGCAUCAGAAGGGUCGAUAACAGUUUCAGCUGAUCUUGUCGCAGUUGGGAUCAAGACUACCCAACGUGAAACUUUGUUGCUGUUUCAGGUAGAUGAUGUUGAACAUGAACGGUUGAGCAACAAGCAAUUGUUGCUCCAAAAUAGUGACUAUGCGUUGGACAUUUACCUCUUGCAUGUGCUCACACUGUCAAUUUUUCCUGGCUUCUUGUACGAGAACACGGGUAAUAGUCACGGACUAGGCGAUUGGUAUGCGCUCGUCCUUAUAGCAAUGUACAAUGUAUGGGACCUAAUAGCAAGGUACCUUCCUCUGAUAGAAUGCAUAAGGUUGGAGUCGCGGAAGGGCCUCACGGUCGCGUGCUUGUUGCGUUUCUUGCUGGUUCCUUGCUUCUAUUUCACGGCCAAGUAUGGCGAUCAAGGAUGGAUGAUAAUGUUGGUGUCGUUCUUGGGGCUGACCAACGGCUACCUAACGGUUUGUAUCCUCACGGUUGCUCCGAGAGGCUAUAAGGCACCAGAGCAGAAUGCUUUGGGGAAUUUGUUGGUUGUGUUUCUUCUUGCUGGUAUAUUUUCAGGUGUUGUUCUUGACUGGUUGUGGAUCAUUGGCAAUGAUACGUUCUAAACCACGUCUUUUUUUUUGUUCUAAAGUUGGAAUGUCUUAUUAUUGUACACUACUAUAUGAUGGUCAUAUUUCGUGUUGCAACAAGUGUAAUGGUUUACACUCGUAGUUAUUUGAAUAGAAAGAAGAUAUUUGCUCCCUUA